CUGUCCCGGGCCUGGCCCGUGCGCGUCCGCCUGCUGAACCUGGGCACCGCCGGCCGCCUGGGCACGGGACUGGGCGGGAGCACUGACCUCGGCCUAGGAGGCCUGGGAUCCCCGAGCCGCCUGCACCCGCGGGGGCCUGGAAGUCGCACGCCCUUCCCGAACCUGUGCCCCUCGCCGAUCCUCGGCGGUGCGAGGCCAGGUGCCCCCCUCUUUCCCUCCCUUCUUUCCCUCCCCCACUCCGGUGCCCGCUGGAGGUCCCGCCCGCCCGCCCCCUCCGGCAGGGGUGUAGCUGGCUGCGGAGCUGACACCGGCUCCGCGGCCACCCUGUCCAAACUCUCCGGAAGCGGCCCGAGCCGACCGGGUACUCAGGCCGUCGCAGCUCCGGCGGACCCACUGUUGGACCCGAGGCGCCGGCCCACCUCCCGCGCCCAAACUUGGAGCACUUGACCUUUGGCUGUCUGAGGAGGCAGACUCACGGGUGGCUGGACAGCUGCGGCACCUCGAGGGCAUCUUGCCUGGGGUUCCAGGACCGUCAGCCUCUGGGAUCCUGAGGUGUCUACAUCAGGCGCAUGUUGACUGAGACCUGGAGUCAUGGAUGUUUGCGCCCGUCUUGCCCUGUGGCUCCUCUGGGGGCUUCUCCUGCAUCACGGCCAGAGCCUCAGCCAAAGCCACAGCGAGAAGACGACGGGAACCGGCUCGGGGGCCAGUUCUGAGGAGUCCACUGUAGCAGAGUUUUGCCGGAUUGACAAGCCCCUGUGCCACAGUGAGGAUGAGAAGCUCAGCUUUGAUGCAGUCCGCAGCAUCCACAAGCUGAUGGAUGAUGAUGCCAAUGGUGACGUGGAUGUGGAAGAAAGUGAUGAGUUCCUGAGGGAAGACCUCAAUUACCACGACCCAACGGUGAAACACAGCACCUUCCAUGGUGAGGAUAAGCUCAUCAGCGUAGAGGACUUGUGGAAGGCAUGGAAGUCUUCAGAAGUAUACAACUGGACCGUGGAUGAGGUGGUGCAGUGGCUGAUCACAUAUGUGGAGCUGCCUCAGUAUGAGGAGACCUUCCGGAAGCUGCAGCUCAGUGGCCAUGCCAUGCCGAGGCUCGCUGUAACCAACACCACCAUGACAGGGACUGUGCUAAAGAUGACAGACCGGAGCCAUCGGCAGAAGCUGCAGCUGAAGGCCCUGGACACUGUGCUCUUUGGGCCUCCUCUCUUGACCCGCCAUAAUCACCUCAAGGACUUCAUGCUUGUGGUGUCUAUCGUUAUUGGUGUGGGCGGCUGCUGGUUUGCUUAUAUCCAGAACCGUUACUCCAAGGAGCACAUGAAGAAGAUGAUGAAGGAUCUGGAGGGCUUACACCGAGCUGAGCAGAGUCUGCAUGACCUUCAGGAAAGGCUGCACAAAGCCCAGGAGGAGCACCGCACAGUGGAAGUGGAGAAGGUACACCUGGAAAAGAAGCUGCGUGAUGAGAUCAGCCUUGCCAAGCAGGAAGCCCAGCGGCUGAAGGAGCUGCGGGAGGGUACUGAGAAUGAACGGAGCCGCCAAAAAUAUGCUGAGGAGGAGUUGGAGCAGGUCCGGGAGGCCUUGAGGAAAGCAGAGAAGGAGCUGGAAUCACAUAGCUCAUGGUAUGCUCCAGAGGCCCUUCAGAAGUGGCUGCAGCUGACACACGAGGUGGAGGUACAGUACUACAACAUCAAGAAGCAAAAUGCCGAGAAGCAGCUGCUGGUGGCCAAGGAGGGGGCUGAGAAGAUAAAAAAGAAGAGAAACACACUCUUUGGCACCUUCCACGUGGCCCACAGUUCUUCCCUGGAUGAUGUGGAUCACAAAAUCUUAACAGCUAAGCAAGCUCUGAGCGAGGUGACAGCAGCACUGCGGGAACGCCUGCACCGCUGGCAACAGAUUGAGAUCCUCUGUGGCUUCCAGAUUGUCAAUAACCCUGGUGUCCACUCACUGGUGGCUGCCCUCAACAUAGAUCCCAGCUGGAUGGGUAGUACGCGCCCCAACCCUGCCCACUUCAUCAUGACUGACGAUGUGGAUGACAUGGAUGAGGAGAUUGUGUCACCCUUGUCCAUGCAGUCCCCCAGCCUGCAGAGCAGCAGCGUCCGGCAGCGCCUGACGGAACCACAGCAUGGCCUGGGAUCUCAGAGGGAUUUGACCCAUUCCGAUUCGGAGUCCUCCCUCCACAUGAGUGACCGCCAGCGUCUGGUCCUCAAGCCUCCUCAGAUGGUCCGUGCUGCAGAUGAGGCUCUCAGUGCCAUGACUUCCAACGGCAGCCACCGGCUGAUUGAGGGGGUCCAUCCCGCCUCUCUGGUGGAGAAACUGCCUGACAGCCCUGCCCUGGCCAAGAAGGCACUGCUGGCACUGAACCACGGGCUGGACAAGGCCCACAGCCUGAUGGAGCUGAGCUCCCCAGCCCCACCUAGUGGUUCUCCACAUUUGGAUUCUUCCCGUUCUCACAGCCCCAGCUCCCCAGACCCAGACACGCCGUCUCCAGCUGGGGACAGCAGAGCCCUGCAGUCUAGCCGAAAUACACGUAUUCCCCACCUGGCUGGCAAGAAGGCCGUGGCUGAGGAGGAUAAUGGCUCCAUUGGUGAGGAGACAGACUCCAGCCCAGGCCGGAAGAAGUUUCCCCUCAAAAUCUUUAAGAAGCCUCUUAAGAAGUAGGCAGGAUGAGGGUGGCAGUUGUGGGACAGCUUGUCCUCACCUGGUCUUCUGCCUCCCCUUCCCUCCCUUCCAACAUACCUGGCCCCCAGCAUGGGGCAUGGGAGGGGCUGGCCCUGGGGCCUGGGCACUGUACAUACUUGCCCCCCGUAUCCUUGGGUCCUUCAACAUUAUUUAUUAACUGACCACCAUGGCCUGCCUGCCCUGCCUCCCUCCCAACCAUGGGCUGCUGCUGUCACUCCCUCUCCACUUCAGUGCAUGUCUUAGUUGCUGCCCCCUCAGCUCUCAGUCCACCUCUGGGGUCCAGCUUCUGUCUCUGCUGUCCCAGUUUUGAGGUUUGGUUUCUUGUUUCUCUCUGUCUCCUGCUUUUGGGCUCUCCCCCCGCCCCCGCCACUCCCCAACUUCCCCUAGAGGCUAGGGGGGAAGAGAGGGGCAGUAGCUUCUGACACCUGUGCCUCAGAUCUCUUCCACCUCACCGACCAUGGUUCUGUUUGCCCCAGACUGGGGCCUAGGACCUAAUAUUUGCAGUUUGCUCUCUGGGAGUGUGGUGGGCCAGAGGGAACCUCGGCCUGGAGCUCACUGAGGCCUCCAGGGAUCCAUGGGGGAGCGAAGCCAACUCCCAGAGAACAAGCCACUAGAGUUCUGAAGAGAGGCUAGGCUAGGGGAUAGAUCGGAAGACACUUCUCCUAGUUGGAGGAUGAGUGGAAGCCAGAGAUGUGGGCUACAAAGCAGUCACCUUUUCUCUCUUCUCUCACCCACACCUGCCUCUCUCUUAUCCCCGCUCCCCCACCCUGCAGGAGGGUUUGUCUAUAAGAGGCGCUGCCCAAAUGCUCCCCAAGCCUCAUUACUCCUGAGGCUCAGGACAGUGGGCUCCCAUGGCCGUGGGAGCCUCAGCUAUGAUACAGGGCUCUAAUGGGGCCUUGGAGCUGCUGGGCAGGAUGUUGUCACAUUUGAACCAAAAGACAGUUUAAAGUUGAAAAAUGAAAUCUCCUGAAUUUCCCAAGUGCCUGCACUGCAUACUUGCCCUGUCAGACCCCAUUUUCAUGUUACUGCAUAGCCUGGGCCAGAGGCUCAAGAAGGACACAGCCUGUUUAGGGAAGGGGGUGGCUAAGGAAGAUGGUGUAGGUCAAGGUGGCUGUGUGACCACUCCCCCGCCCUUCCCACCCUCUAGACAACUCUCUCCCUUCCCUGUUUUUGCAAUGGCUGUAAAGGUAUUUUCCCUCUGCCCCACUCCCUGCCGUGUCUUUACUCUGGGAUCCUAUUUUGGGCCUGGGGUGGGGGCACCUGGGGCUGGUCUUGGGAGGGUGCUAGGCUGCAGACUGCCUUGUACCCCCUCACAUGGGUUUUUCUGUGUUAUUUCAUAAGACUCUUUGAAGUCCAAUAAAGCAUGUAGGAGAUUUUAACCUCU